GUGAGAAAUAACAAAGAGAAUAUGUAAAUGUAACCAUUCUUCUCUUCCACUUAUCUUAACAAAGACUAGGCUAGAGAGAGAGAGAGAGAGAGGGAGAGAGAGCAAAAGGAGCAAAGGGAAAUGCUUACUGCCACUCACAACCAUGCAACAACAACCUUAAGAUUCACUCCUAAACAUGAAACUGGGUCCUUUAAGAACUUGGGUGUGAGUAAGCUAGGACCAAGAUUCAGAGCAAUGAGUCAUGGCAUUGGCAGGAGUAAAGUUGAUUUGAAAUUGGGUCCUUCUUCUGUUGGGGAAAGGCUUUAUCUUGGAAUGGAUUUUGGAACAUCUGGUGCACGAUUUGCUCUCAUUGAUAAACAAGGCACAAUUCAUGCUGAGGGAAAGAGAGAGUACCCUCUCUAUAUGAGUGAAGAAACAAUGGAUUGGGCACUGUCAUGGAAAACAACUCUCUUCUUGUUGCUAGAAGAUGUUCCCUCUCAUCUUCGCCAAACUAUAGCUGCCAUUUCCAUUGAUGGGACUUCUGCAACUACUCUUAUUAUAGACAGCAAUACAGGAGAACCAUUAUGGAGACCUUUUCUCUACAAUGAGAGCUGCCCUGAUGCUUUACCUGCAGUUAAGUCUAUUGCCCCGGAAAAUCAUACCGUUUGCUCGAGUUCCUCUACUUUGUGCAAGCUUGUUUCUUGGUGGGAGAGAGAAGCUGGUUCGAACAAAAAAUCUGCAGUUUUGUUACAUCAAGCAGAUUGGUUGCUGUGGCUUCUCCAUGGAAAAAUGGGAGUGUCUGACUACAAUAAUGCUCUAAAGGUCGGAUAUGAUCCCGAGCUUGAUGCUUAUCCAUCAUGGUUGUUAUCUCAGCCUUAUUCUAAACUUCUACCUUCAGUUAAAGCUCCUGGAACUUCAAUUGGUCAUUUAAAAGAAGAAAUUAUAUCACAAUUUGGCUUUGCAAAAGAUUGUUCUGUAUGUGCAGGAACUACUGAUAGUAUAGCGGCCUUCCUUGCUGCUCGAGCCACGGAACCAGGGAAAGCUGUAACUUCAUUGGGGUCAACACUUGCAAUAAAACUAAUGAGUACUACAAGGGUUGAUGAUGCGCGUUUUGGGGUGUAUAGUCAUCGUCUAGACGAUAAGUGGCUCGUUGGAGGUGCUUCAAAUACUGGUGGAGCUGUUCUUAGACAACUUUUCACUGAUGAGCAAUUGGUGAAACUUAGUGAGCAAAUUAAUCCCAUGGAAUCCUCUCUUCUAGACUACUAUCCUCUUAAAACAGCUGGUGAGAGAUUUCCCGUGGCAGAUCCAAAAAUGGCUCCUAGGCUACAUCCUCGACCAGAAAGCGAUGUUGAAUUCUUGCACGGGAUUCUUGAAUCCAUUGCGCGAAUAGAGGCCAAAGCAUACAAUUUGCUGAAGGAUUUAGGAGCAAGUAAGGUAGAUGAAGUGUUCACAGCAGGUGGUGGUUCGAAAAAUGACAAAUGGACUAAGAUAAGAGAAAGAGUGCUUGGUUUGCCUGUGAAUCGAGCAACUCAAACUGAAGCUGCCUAUGGAGCUGCAUUAUUGGCAUUGAAGGGCUCAUUUAGAUCUUCAGAUUCACUUUGACUUGGUUAAUGGGAUUUUGAUGGCUUACUUUGAUUAUGCCUUUGAAGUGUCAGUAUUCACCUGCUUUUAAUAAUUAUCUUUCUUACGAGGAAAAAAAAAUUGAGACUUUUGGUUUUAGUUCAAGUUCCCUAUGGUCUACUUAGAAAACCAUAUAAUAGUCCCACAUUGGUUACAAACUAAGAAGAGCUCUUAAACACAGCUAUAAAAUGAGAGUUCCUAUGUUAGUACAAUUCAUACCUUUCUCGGCCUUUUGGCUAAGAUCAAGUGUAGUAUCUGUUCUUAUCAGUUUAAUAUCUGAUAUGUGGGCCAAUGGCCCACACGAUAUUAAAUUUAUUUUUUGAGGGGGAAAGCCCAUUCCAGUAGCUUGCUACUCGGACUUUCAAGCGUCGCCUAAGCUUUGCACUAUCGCUUGGGCCUGGCGCACCCCACCAAA